AUGGACCCAAAUCCGCGGGCAGCCCUGGAGCGCCAGCAGCUCCGCCUUCGGGAGCGGCAGAAAUUCUUUGAGGACAUUUUACAGCCUGAGACAGAGUUUGUCUUCCCCCUGUCCCACCUGCAUCUCGAGUCGCACAGACCCCCCAUAGGUAGUAUCUCAUCCAUGGAGGUGAAUGUGGACACACUUGAGCAAGUGGAACUUAUCGACCUUGGGGAUCAGGACGGAGCUGACGUGUUCUUGCCUUGCGAAGAUCCUCCACCGACCCCCCAGACGUCUGGGGUGGACGACCGUCCCGAGGAGCCGAGCCUGCCGAUGCCCACGGCAGACAGGACCACAUCCCGCACUUGCUCCUUGUCCUCUGACUCCUCCACCAAUCCGCACAGCCCGGAUGUCAGUGACAGCGGAGCAGACACGCCCUUGGCACAGUCUGACGAGGAGGAGGAUGGGGGAGAUGGCGGGGCAGAGCCUGGAGCCUGCAGCUAGCAGUGGGCCCCCACCUACGGACUGAUUGAGCUGCCUAUUCUCCACUUGAGACCCCAGGCCCAGCCAGAGCGCUUCGGAGAAGACCAACCUCUUUACCUGCAGCAGGCACCAGAGGGAGGAAAGGAUGGUGGGUGGUGUACCUUUCUGGGAAUUAACCCGCUCCUGCUUUACUGCUAACCUUGCCCUGCUGCAACUUCCCUGCCAGGUUUUGGCUUACUCCUGAGGUAGGGCCUGCAGGUGAGGAGAUGGAAGGUGAGAUAGGACAAGAUGCCACUGCUUUUCUUAGCACUCUUCCCUCCUCCAAACUAUCCUGCACUCUCCUGAUAGAGUCUCCUAAACCAGUGUCUCUCAAUGGCCGUGAACUCCUUAACACUCCCAGUGAGGUGGUACUCCAGCCAUUCCGCUUCCUUACAUCCUCUUUGGAACAGGGCACGGUAUGAAUAAUAAACAGAUAAUAAUAUGCCAA